AUGAGGUUCAUUUCUUCACUUGUAGCAUGCGCCUGUAUUGUCGGAGCAGCCGCUCAGCGGAGCUUCCUCGGCGGUCCCCCUGAAGGAACAACUAUCCAUCCCGGAAAGCACUUUACCGUUCAGCUCAUCCGCCCAAACAGCAUUGAAGGCUCGACAGAGGUUGGUCUGGUCAUCGGACUCCUCUCGUGCGCUGCGCAUCCGGCGGGAUGUCCUACCCCAGAUACACAGCUCGGCUCAAUUUUGUUCAAUGGUGACUUCAAGCCUACGAUUCAUGAGAUAGCAGGGCAGCCGUACGAGAACUUCACUGUUACCGUACCGAGCGGAUUUCCUUCUGGCAUUGCUCAACUUUCGACGGCUCGCUUUCAUUUGAUUGGAGCCGGCCCGUCUCCCAUUCUUGAGUUCAACAACGUAACCCUCAAUGUCGUCUGA